AUGAAGUCAUGGACGGACUCUGGGACCCUCAAAGCUGUUCCAUAUAAAACCUACAUAUUCCCAGAGACCUUCUUUUUAUUAGGGUGUCAGUUGUCCUCAUCCUGUAAGGAGAAAGGAGGUCCAGUUUUCUUGGCAAUCUCUAAAGGAAAACGUUGUCUCUGUUGUGACAAGGCCAAAGGACAAAGCCAGCCAUCUCUUCAACUGAAGAAUAAGAAUCUUGAAGACCUGUCUGGCCAGAAGGAACGAGCACUUCAGCCCUUCAUCUUCUAUAGAACUGAGGUGGACUCCCUGAACACACUGGAGUGGGCCACUCACCCCGGCUGGUUCAUCUGCACCUCCUGCAAUUCCUGUGAACCCUUUGGAGUGACAAAUAGUCAUGGGAAAAAGAAACACAUAGAAUUUUCAUUUCACGGAGUUCCAAAAGUUGAAAUCAACCCCAGUGAGGUCAACGAAUAAGCCACUACCCCGCUGAAUGUCCUUCUGUGCUCUCCUCUCGAACGCAUACUUGUCACGAAGAAAGGGGACUGGCUCCUUAACCUCUCCUGUUUCUCAUUAGUGCUUUGAAUAUCUGUGCCUUCAGGUGGUAGAAGAAUUAUAUGUCAGAGCUUAGAGAGUUCUUAGGUGAAAUAAAGUCAUGAUUGGAUGAGAGCGGCUUCUGUCUGCGGCCUGCUUCCCUGGACGCCAGUCAUCCUCAGGGUGGGCCGUGCUGUGGGGUUUGGCCUGAGAAUCUGAACUUGCACAGGAAUGAGCAACUGGCUGGGGCUCUGAUCCAGAGUGAGCUGUUCCCAGUGGGGCUGGACAGGUGCUGGGGCAGAGCAUGAGAAGGGUUAGUCUGUGUCUUGGAUCCAGGGAAGAAAGCAGCAGCAAGUUCACCAUCCUAUGGGGUAAGUGGAGAAGGGGCAGGUAAGGAGCAAAAUGUGGGAGACCCCAGAGACUGUCAAGUGGCAGGCAGGAGGUGCGCAUCCAGUAGGCAUCUGGGAGACCUGUCAAUAUGUCCCAUCGCAGCUGGACCCACAUCCUAGUAAAGGGUGAUCGAAAUCUGGACACAGCCGGGGUGCGGGGGAGGAAGGGAGGAUUGGGAACUAGCCUACUAGUUACGGAUGGUGGGUGUGGUGUGGUGACUUACAUCUGAGGAGGUGUGAACCUUUAAUCUAAAUUUAAAUUUAAAUCUGUAGAUCUAAAUCAUGUCCAGUGUUAUAAAUCAAUAUUACCUCAAUAAAGAAAAACGAAGAUGAAA